UCUCGCCGCGACUGCGAAGCGGGCCGGUACGGGCCGGACCAGAUCAGACCGACCCCGGGGGCGAUGCGGCUGCUGCCCCUGCUGCGGACUGUCCUCUGGGCCGCGUUCUUGGGCUCCUCUCUGCGAGGGGGCUCCGGCCUCCGCCACGCCGUCUACUGGAACUCCAGUAACCCCAGGCUGCUUCGAGGAGACGCCGUGGUGAAUCUGCACCUCAACGAUUACCUAGACAUCUUCUGCCCGCACUAUGAGGGUCCAGGGCCCCCCGAGGGCCCUGAGACGUUUGCUUUAUACAUGGUGGACCGGCCCGGCUACGAGGCCUGCCGGGCAGAGGGGGCAGGUGCCUUCAAGCGCUGGGUGUGCUCCUUCCCCUUCGCUCCCUUUGGCCCUGUUCCGUUCUCGGAGAAGAUUCAGCGCUUCACGCCCUUCUCCCUUGGCUUCGAGUUCUUGCCUGGAGAGACCUACUACUACAUCUCAGUGCCAGCUCCGGAGAGUUCUGGCCAGUGCUUGAGGCUCCAGGUGUCUGUCUGCUGCAAGGAGAGCAAGUCCGAGUCAGCCCAUCCUGUUGGGAGCCCUGGAGAGAGUGGCACAUCAGGGUGGCAAGGGGGGGGCACUCCCAGCCCCCUCUGUCUCUUGCUGCUGCUGCUGCUCCCAAUUCUGCGUCUCCUGCGAGUUCUCUGAGCCAAGCCGACCCUUCCUGCCACCUCCAGGAGCCAGAGCCCUUCCAAGAUUCCCUGGAGGAGGGACCCCUGCUACCUGACCUGGGAUUGCCAAGCCAGACAGACAAGAUGGAAGAGUGAUGGGGGCAGUCAGAGGGUCUGAGGUGACCCUGAGAGAUACCGACUCCCUCCUCACAGGCUAAAGAGGAGCUGCAGGGGAGACAGCCCUGGGCUCUCUUGAGCAGAGGCAGGGCAAACAUAGGGUCUCUAUCAGCUGCUUUGAUGGUGUCAUGCCAUCCCCCAGGAAGACUGGGAUUUUGUGGGACUGAGUCCUUGAGCCUGCUGGGGGCCAAGGCCGAAGAUCUGGGGACAGGUCGACUGCUGGAUCAGAGCAAGGAAGAAGCCCAGGCCUGCUAUCUGUGCCCAGUGCCCAGUGGGCCUCUUCUCUGGGGUAGCACCUUGCCCUCCCCAGGGGGUCACUCACUUGUCUUCUGUGAAGAUGGACUUGCCAUGUGGUUGAAUUUCAUGCCAGUUUGUAUUUUUAUAAGUGUCUGGACCAAACCUUCAAUAAACCACCCAUCUUUUUGUUGUUCUCCCCAA